AUGGAUGAAAGGUUCAACAAGUGGCUGCUGACGCCGGUGCUCACUCUCCUCUUCGUGGUCAUCAUGUACCAGUACGUGUCCCCCUCCUGCACCAGCUCCUGCGCCAACUUCGGGGAGCAGCCGCGCGCGGACGAGGCCGGCCCGCCCGCCGCCCCGGGUCCCGCCCGCCGGGCACAGGCGCCGCCGGAGCCGGGGGAGCGGCGGCCCCAGCUGCCCCCGCCCCCCCGGGGGCCGCCCGAGGGCCCUCGCGGGGCCGCGGCGCCGGAGGACGAGGACGAGGAGCUCGGGGAGCCGGAGGAGGACGCCGAGGAGGAGGAAGAGGAGCCGGACUCCGAGGCCCCCGAGAACGGCUCCCUGCCCCGCUUCGCGCCGCGCUUCAACUUCACCCUGAAGGACCUGACCCGCUUCGUGGAUUUCAACAUCAAAGGGCGCGACGUGAUCGUGUUCCUGCACAUCCAGAAGACCGGGGGCACCACGUUCGGCCGCCACCUGGUGAAGAACAUCCGGCUGGAGCAGCCGUGUAGCUGCAAGGCGGGCCAGAAGAAGUGCACCUGCCACCGGCCCGGCAAGAAGGAGACGUGGCUCUUCUCCCGCUUCUCCACCGGCUGGAGCUGCGGGCUGCACGCCGACUGGACGGAGCUCACCAACUGCGUGCCGGCCAUCAUGGAGAAGAAGGACUGUCCCCGCAACCGCAGCCACACCAGGAAUUUCUAUUACAUCACCAUGUUACGGGAUCCGGUGUCACGAUACCUGAGCGAGUGGAAACACGUCCAGAGGGGGGCCACGUGGAAAACCUCCCUCCACAUGUGUGAUGGGAGAAGCCCCACCCCGGAUGAGCUGCCUACCUGCUACCCCGGGGACGACUGGUCUGGGGUCAGCUUGCGGGAGUUCAUGGACUGUCCCUACAACCUGGCCAACAACCGGCAGGUGCGCAUGCUGGCCGACCUCAGCCUGGUGGGCUGCUACAACCUGACAUUCAUGAAUGAGAGCGAGAGGAACACCAUCCUGCUGCAGAGUGCCAAGAACAACCUGAAGAACAUGGCCUUCUUCGGGCUCACGGAAUUCCAGAGGAAGACACAGUUUCUCUUCGAGAGGACAUUCAACCUCAAGUUUAUCUCCCCAUUCACGCAGUUCAACAUCACGCGGGCUUCCAACGUGGACAUCAACGAGGGCGCCCGCCAGCACAUCGAGGAGCUCAACUUCCUGGAUGUGCAGCUUUACGAGUACGCGAAAGAUCUCUUCCAGCAGCGCUACCACCACACCAAGCAGCUAGAACACCAGAGGGACCGGCAAAAGAGGCGGGAGGAGCGCAGGCUGCAGCGGGAGCAUAGGGGCCACCGGUGGCCCAAAGAGGAUGGGAACACGGAGAGGGCAGUCACUGAGGACUACAACAGCCAGGUGGUGAGAUGGUGACCCCCUGCCAUCUCCUUCCUCAGGAGGGGAAGGACGAGCAGGUGCACUGACCUUCUGUGGCGCUGGUUACCUUGGAGGACGAUGGGCCAUUCUGAGGACAUCUGGCUGUAUGUGGCUUGAUUUGGACACCUGCUUCCUCUUUGUCUUCAUCUUUAUCCAGCUGGAGAUGAUCUGUCUUCUUUUUUUUCCCUGACAUUGUUCAAUCUGUGAUAUUAAGUAGGGUAGGAAUGAAUCCAAGA